AUGUCAGCAGCAUCAACAUCGAAGCCCGCAACCCACCUCACCAGGACAUCUACCACCAGAAACGCCGCGGUCUUCGAAGCACCAUGGCCAUUGCCAAAUCCCAAAUUCCCAUCGAUCUCCACACCCGCAAUACCUGCCUUACCAUCCCCAUCAACCCUUCUAACCCCUCCCCUAAAGGCCCCCUGCCCAGCCUGCACAACCCUAACCCUAACUUCGACAACAACCUCCUGCACCACACCCUCGCCCUCCAUCACCGCGGUCCUCGCCAAUUCAUCCUGUUGUGCCAAUAAUGGCCUCGAAUGGUACGAAAUCGUGGCGAUCAUCAUUUGCAUCGUCUUUUUUCUGCUUCUGCUGGUGUGCUGUGGUUGUUGGCCGGUGAUCCGCGCUAUGUUUAGGGGCUGUUGUUGUCCGCUCGCGGAUGAGGAGGAUGAUUAUGGGGGGUAUGGGUACAGAUGCGGAGGAGGGGGAGGAGGGGGGCGAAGGGGAAGGGUAAGGAGGACCAGGACGAGGUCGGGGAGGAGAGGGUUCGUGGGGGUCUUGGUGCCGGAUCCGCCGGCGCCAGAGGUGGAGGAUGAGGGGGAGACUGCUGGAGCUGGUGCUGGAGCUGGAGCUGGUGCUGGAGCUGGAGCUGGUGCUGGAGCUGGAGCUGGUGCUGGUAAUGCUGGGGCCGGGACUGGGAAUGCCAGUCCUGGUUCUGGAGGAGGUGCUGGAGGAGGUGGACACGUUGCUAGUUCGCCAAGGCCAUUGAUGGUAGGAGGCUUGGCGGUAGGGUCGGGCUUGGGGCCAUCUUCAAGAGCUGGGAGUGCAGUUGGAAGUAGGACUGACCGUGGUGGGGGUCGGUCACCGCCGCGUGGGAGGUCUGCUGGGGCGAAAAGGGGUAGCUCGAAGUCGAGUUGA